AUGUCAACUACAAAGAACUCAAACUGGAGAUCAGCGAUUAGCCUACACACGUCUCAAUACAACCUUUCGUUUUAUGAACCAGGAGGCCAAAAGGACAGCAUUUUUACGAAAUCGAUUCUUUCUACUACAAAGGCAGUCGAGAUUGUUGACCUCACGGAAGACACUGAAAGUGAAAAUGAUUGCGACGACGACGACGCCAGUAUCUUGUCAUGCAUCGAGGUCCUCCCAUGCCCGAAACCGAGAAAUAGAAAGAGGGAGAAAAGUAUCAGUGACGACUCUGGUGGGAACAAGAGGAUGAGAUGCAGUCCUAUUGAGUCUGAAACGGCUGUUAUAGACUCCCACCAGUUUGUUCAACUUCCCUACGAGAAAGAGUCGAAGAAUCACCGAUGGACGAAAGAGCAGAAAAUCGUCGUCUGCAUUCUUCGUCGCUACUAUAUCAACAGUUGGAGAGACCUCGCGGAGGUCUUCAACUAUCACUUCGCAAUUUCCGGACUUGCAGCUGAGGCACCAACAUCACUGCCCGAAGUGCCACUAUCGGAAGAACCACUGUCUGCGACAAAGAUGAGCGCUCAGUAUAGUGAUCUGCGGAGAUAUCGCUUGGAAUCGGCUUGGCGUGAAGUUUACAACACCCCAUUUGAAGAUCAGGAGAGAUGGUCGGCUUUGCAGACAAGUCUCGAGGGCAGAGCAGAGGCUUUGGGAAUUCGACUUGUUCCUGCACGACACCAGUCAGAAACAGAGCCCAAACACCCAAAAGGUCGGAAGACAUUGACUCUGUUGGACCGAAAGAGGAUCAGGUCAAUCAAGAAGAAGCUUAAGCUCGAGGCUCUCCAUCAAACAUGGCAGUCUGCUGCUGAUCCGUCCCCAGGAAACAACGCUGUUGCUCAAGGCCCUUCUCCGCCGCCGUCACCUGCACCACAAGACAGCGCAUAUAAGCAACUCCAGGCAGCCGCCGAUGACCACCAGUCCGACAACCAACCCUCCGUAGAAACCGAUGAUUCUGAAACAGAGCAGCUCGUCUCAAAAGGAAGGUCGAAGCCCGGCAGUCAACCAGCUCUACUAUACCGCAUGUACCACAAAGGGAGUGCUGGCAUCAAUACUCCCGAAACUAUACGAGCAGCUCACUUCCUUCAUAUCCCUAACAGCAAGAUUCCGGAACCACUCGGAAACGAUUCCCAAGCACUAAUCUAUGACGCAGCUCUACACCUGUGGCACGACCAAUGGGAGCGCCGAGCCUCGGAGGGCAGAGCCUCAGAGCGAGAACCCCCAGAACGAGAAGUCCCAGAGCAAGAAGCCCCAGAGCGAGAACCAGACUCUCGUUUUAUAUCCUGCACGGAUAGCCUGAUCUUCGCAAUGUCAAAGGCUCUAGCGCAGGAGAGACUAGGCAAUACGCCGUACAUCACGGUCAUUGAUGCAAAGGCUGCAAUGGCGAACGGUAAAGGAUUCAGUGCAAUGUCACUAAAAUGUCGGGCGCAGAUGUUUAAGUGGGCGCCAUCAGGGAUGAGAUACCAGGCUCGUUACGAAUGGCUCAUCUGGGGCGAGAUCCCCACAUCCACCCGUCUGUGCACAUUAAGUUUGGCACAGCUCCGCGCCCUCGCCAUUGCCGACAUCGACUUAACGCUCACUACCCUCCUAACCGCUGACCCCACCCACGAACUCUCUGUCACUUACCUCCGCAACGCACGCAAAACUCACCAACAAGUCCUUACUCCGGCUAGCGCCCGCGCAAUGGGUGGGUUUGCUGCGGCUUUCGGUCUGAGCCUAGCCUCACAGUCAGACAAGCUGGAACAGUUCGUAUACAACGUCAUUCAGGGGUGGUGCUGGGACGUUCCUGGCCUUAUAGGAGACAACAACGGAAUAGACGACGAGCGCGUCCGGGCGUUCGCGGAGGGCCUUUCUGCGAGCAACACUGGCGGAGCAGAUGUGACUGGGGAUGAGAAGAACAGGGUUGCAAAGGCGUUUUUGGAGGGCAUGAGGAAGGCGAGGGGGUAUUUGAGGAACGAGUUCAUGCGGAAGUGGAGGGCGAAGAAGCUGCGCUCGGGGCCAUGA